AUGGACCACAUCGAGGUUAAGUGCAAAAACUUGGAGAUUGCUGUGAAACGCCACAGAGAGAUGGUCCACUACAUUAUAAAACAGUGCUUUCCUAAGCUUCAGGCGAAACUAAAAGAAGCAGAUGAAAAGGCAAUGACAUGGAAGGAACGAGCGUUGAAAGCGGAGAGCAGAAAUGCUUUGUUGAAGCAAGAGCUGGAGGAGCAAAACGGCCAGAUAAAUCAUUUUAAGAAAUUGUAUGAAGGACAAUAUCAAAUCAUGAUGAAAACAGGCUCCGUAAUGGGAGAGGUUGUCUGGAAGUCGUUCAAAAGUCAAUCGAACGUUAAAAUGCUGGUACAGGCGGAAGAGACCAUGCAGAAGUAUUGUGCCUUCUCGAAAGGCAUCCUUGAUUCUUUUUUGCUGGCAUACGGCAAAGAGAUGCCAUCGCAGCAAUCUAUGGAACACGUUUUCGUCAUUUCGGUACUGGGAGCGAUGGUAAAUUUUGCGGCAUUUACCGAGGGCAGAGAAUUCCUUGCGAAACAGGACGAUGUACUGCAGCUUAUGAAAAGACUAAUGCUAGAUCAAGAACAUUGGAGCAUAACUCACGGUCGUUACAUGAAGCGCAUGGUGCUAACGUUCGCGUAUAACAUGUCACUCGUUGAUGGGGUAGCAUAUAUUUUGCUAAGCGAAGAAAAGCUAAUCAACGGAACGCUUCGGUGUCUUAGUUUGAAUGACCCAACGGACGUCGUUGGUGCGGCCGUUGCUAUUAUCUAUCGUUUGCUGAGCGUGUCACUACAAUCAGACAUACCAUCUGCAUUGCCGGAAAAGAUACCAUGGGCGAUGAUAAAAUCGAUGACGAACUCAUCGGAUAAGCAGUUGGAAGACAUUUCAAAAGGCCUUCUCGAUAUCAUGGAUAUCACAAGAAACCAUCGUUCUGCUUUCUAG